AUGGCGAUGGUUAUAUCUCUCCACUUAGUAAUUGUUUACUUCGUACAUCUAACCCUUAAGAUGACAUUAUCGGCUGAUCCAGAUCACUGUCCAGGUCAACGAAUUAAAUGUUACAGUUGUAAUUCUGUUGAAGACAAUAACUGCAAUGAUCCAUUUUUUCGACAACCACAACAAACUAGAUCAUUUUCUUUGGUAGAUUGUAACGACUAUUGUUUCAAGUGGGCUUUUCAAGGUCCAGAUGGACAGAAACAUUUAAUUCGUAAUUGUUCUACAAGUUUAAAUAUGAAAAUGGAAAAAUAUUUAGUUUGUAUUGCUGAAUCUCGAUCAUCCAUUGGUUAUUUAUGUUUUUGUAAUAAAGAUAAAUCUUACGAGCUUAUAGGUUUACAGGAUUUAUCAAAAUAUCCAACACCGAAUCUAAAACAUCGAAGUCCACCAUUUUUGAUGAUUCAUUUAUUUAUUCUAUGGCCAUGA